AUGUUUGGAACAUUGAGUGGUUGCACUGUGUCCGCAGAAAAUGUGGGAUUGCUUGGGAGCACUCGUGUUGGCAGUCGGAGAGUCAUUCAAAUUGCAGCUGGUUUCAUGAUCUUCUUCUCGAUCUUGGGGAAAUUUGGAGCAUUAUUUGCAUCAGUACCAUUCCCAAUAUUUGUUGCUUUGUACUGUGUCCUCUUUGGUCUUGUUGGUGAGUAG